AUGUGGAGGAGAGCCUUUUAAAACUGUCUCAAGAUUGCAUUCAUUGGAUCAUCUAUCACGUUUACUUCUAGCUUUGUAUUUUCUUAAGAAUAAUUAUAUGCAUGGGUAAUCUAAUACAUUAUACUCAGGGAUGGAAUAAUUUUGGAUAACUAGGCAUAGGAAAUUCGAUAUCAUAAUAUUCUCCUCAGCUGGUCCCUAUAUAGGAUGUUUUAUUUGUAGCAUGUAAAUCAAGUGUUUCUGCAGCAAUUGAUAAAUCUGGAAAAUUGUAUACAUGGGGAAGAUCAAAGUUUGGACUCUUAGGAAAUGGAUAAGUGGAAAAUAUAAAUGUUCCUGCACUUGUCGAAUGUUUAAAACAUCUUAAUUUCAAAUAUGUUGCAUGCGGUAAUUAUCAUAUGGCUGCAAUAACCACUGACGGACAAUUGUAUACAUGGGGUAAUUUUGAUCAUGGCAAACUUGGUCAUUCAUUUGACAACUCAGCCAAAUUGCCGUCUAGAGAAAAAUACGAAUAUUAAAAGAAUUUGGGAUCUGCUAAAUUACCAGAAUUAGUAUAAUUAAAUUUUAAAGUACAACAAGUAGCCUUAGGGGAUCAAUUUACUAUAAUACUUUCAGAAGAUGGCAAUGUUUAUUCGGUGGGAUUGAAUAAAAAAGGUAUUUUAGGCUUUCAAACAAAAAAUGUUGAUGAACCUACUUUUAAACAAAUUCCUAAUUUAAAAAAUAUAGUAUAAAUUGAUAGUGGUACUGAUUUUAGUGUUGCACUUGAUUCAGAUGGAAAGUAUGUAUGAAUAUUAAUUAGUCUGUUCGCAUGGGGUAGUAAUUACUUCGGAUAAUUAGGAACUCCAAGUCCUUCAGUAAUUUAAACACCAUAACAAAUUAAGGGAUUGCCAAAGAUUAAACAAUUUUCCUGUGGAGAAUAAUUCAUUGGGGCUUUGAGUACAGAUGGAGUAUUAUAUACUUGGGGUUUUGGAGGAGACGGCUAAUUGGGAACACCAAGCAAAUAAGAUAUACCCACACCUCAUAAAAUAUAAUUUGAUCAAAAUAUUGAUAAGGUCUCAUGUGGAUAAGCUCAUGUAGGCAUCGUUAGUAAUAAUAAACUCUACAUGCACGGAAGAGGAAAAGAAGGUUAAUUAGGUAGGGGUUCAGAGACUGAAUCCCCUAAUAGUAGUAGAUACUCUCCUUUAUUAGUUAUGGAAAAUGUUGUAAAGAUUGCAUGUGGAGGAAGUCACUCUUUUGCUGUUGUCAACUAAAAAUGA